AUGGAAAAAUUCAUCUCCAGUGGGCGUAAAGGAAAUAUAAGAACAAAGGCUGAUUUGGGAAAUAACUUCUACUGCGAUGCCGAAAUCGAUAACUGUGAGCUAGUUGCUGUGAAUUUUGGACACGGAGUGUUUCUUGAGCUGACCCAAGUUGAAGCACGGGACCACUGUAAAAAGAAAGAAGAACUGCUCGAGGCAAAAGUCAGCGCGCUCACUGAAGAAAUCUGCGGGGCAAAAGCGGAAGUCAGGUACGUGCUUGAAGGCGUCCGCGAACUCAACCAGAUGGCGGCAGAACCAGAAGCAAAAAAGAAAAAUAUAUUCAACUUUUAA